CGCGUUUCCACGGACGAGUAUCGUAGAAUCAAUUGUCUCGACGGUGUCUUUGGCGCAUGAUUUCGCAAAUCAUGAGACUUUUUGUACUUGCCACAAUGGUGGCCGCAGUGUGGGCUUCUUACCAUGAUGAGGAUCACAGUAGUACUACAUAUCACGAAACUUCUAAGCCAGUGGAGAUACCUAUCUACAAGAAAUACGCGAUACCAAUUCCGCACCCGGUUGCCGUUCCAGUUCCUCAGCAAAUUAAAAUUCCGAUACCUCAACCCUAUCAAGUCGAAGUCGCAGUUCCGCAUCCGGUACCCGUAGAAGUUAUUAAACACAUUGAGAUACCUAUAGAGAAACCGGAACCAUAUGUCGUGGAGAAGAAGGUACCAUAUGUCGUCGAGAAGCCGUACCCAGUUACAGUGGAGAAGCACUUUCCAGUGCCAAUACCUAAACCGUAUCCAGUUCACGUGCCAGUAUACAAGCACGUUUUUCAUCAUAAGAGUUCAGGACACGGUUCAGGACACUGGAAAAAGCACUAAUACAUUUUGGGCGAUUCUCUUCAGUAUCUUUAUGCCAAAAAUAGCGACAAGCGUUACACGAGUAAUAUUAAGUCAUAAGAGUUGUGAUGUAUGUACAUAGUUUAUUGUUAUAAAUGUAACAUUUAUAUUUGUUAAAUAAACUCUUAA